CUGUCUGGGCGGCAGGCGGGCGUGAGCGGCGGCUUCGGCCUUGGCGGGGCCCAAUGGCCUCCGCGAGCAUCGACAUCGAGGACGCCACUCAACACCUGCGCGACAUCCUCAAGCUGGAUCGGCCCGGCGGGUCAGUGAAUGAAAACCAGAGAACAUCCAGUUCCUAUAAUGGCGACCUGAAUGGUCUUCUGGUGCCAGAUCCCACUGCAGCUGGAGAUGGCUCGUCCUCAACUAAGCCUGUACCACAAACCGUUCCUCUUGGAGCGCUACAAGACAAGCAGGUUAUCUGCCUCUCUGGAGAUGAUAAUUCCACCUGCAUGGUGAUUCUCGCAAAAGAUGUUGAAAUAGUGGCCAGCAGUGAUUCCAGCAUCACCAGUAAAGCCAGAGGAAGCAAUAAGGUUAAAAUCCAGCCAGUAGCCAAGUAUGACUGGGAGCAGAAAUAUUACUAUGGCAACCUCAUUGCUGUCUCAAAUACCUACCUGGCUUAUGCUAUUCGAGGUGCCAGCAGUGGCUCGGCCAUGGUGCGUGUUCUGAGUGUCAGCACAGCUGAGCGGACGCUUCUGAAAGGCUUCACUAGAGGUGUGGCAGAUCUGGCUUUUGCUCACCUCAACUCCAACCAGUUGGCCUGCCUGGAUGAAGCUGGCAACUUGUUUGUCUGGUGUCUGUCUAUGGAGAAUGGAAAAAUCCAAGAAGAGAUCUUGGUGAACAUCAAACGACCCGAUGGGACACCUCUGAACAACUUUCGGAGGAUAAUCUGGUGUCCCUUCAUCCCUGAUGAGAAUGAGGAGAGCUGUGAAGAAGGCAGCCAGACUCUGGCAUUGCUGCAUGAAGAUCGAGCUGAAGUCUGCGACCUUGACAUAAUCCGAGCCAACCAUAGUUCAUGGCCAGUGGAAGUAACCAACAUCAAGGAAGGCUACAUUGUGGUGAAGGGUCAUAGCACGCGCCUGAGUGAGGGAGCGCUUUCUCCUGAUGGAACUGUCUUGGCUACUGCAAGCCAUGAUGGCUACGUCAAAUUCUGGCAGAUUUACAUAGAUGGACAAGAUGAGCCAAGUCGGUGCCUCCAUGAAUGGAAACCUCAUGAGGGCAGGCCUCUUUCCUGUUUGCUCUUCUGUGACAACCAUAAGAAACAAGACCCAGAGGUUCCUUUUUGGAGGUUUCUCAUCACCGGAGCCGAUCAGAAUCAAGAGCUGAAAAUGUGGUGCACCGUCUCCUGGACCUGCCUCCAGACUAUUCAGUUUUCUCCAGAUAUAUUUAGCUCUGUGAGCGUCCCUCCCAGUCUGAAGGUCUGCCUGGAUCUCUCAGCCGAGUACCUAAUUUUGAGUGAUGUGCAAAGGAAGGUCUUAUAUGUGAUGGAACUUGUCCAGAACCAAGAAGAGGGCAAAGCUUACUUCAGCUCCAUCUCAGAGUUCCUGUUGACUCACCCAGUCCUGAGCUUUGGCAUCCAGAUGGUCAGCCGCUGCCGACUGAGGCAUACCGAGGUCCUCUCAGGAGAAGAAGAGAGUGAUGGCAUCAGUGCUGCAUUCCCUGAUCACCUGGCCGACAUCGGCAUGGAAGGCCGGGGCUCUGAGAAGGGAUCCAUCCACGGCUCCCAGCCGGACCUGCGACGCAUUUCGGAACUGUCUGUGCCCGUAGACUUCCUGCCGCCAUCGAAUGACACCAAACCCAAACUUAUGACUCCAGACGCAUUCAUGACUCCCAGCACAUCUCUGCAGCAGAUCACAGGGUCUCCCGGAAGUAGCAUCAGUUCCCUCACGGCUGUGACCCCCAUGAGCACUUCUUCGGUCGGCGAGCCCCCCCUUCCCAGCUUAUUUCUUCCCACAGUUGUGAAGCGAAUUCCUGCAGUCCUUAAAUUAGUAACACAGCUGUUAAGUGAACCUGGGUUCCACACUGACUUGUCAGAAGGAUCGUGUAAGGAAUGCUACAAGAGAAUCAACUUCUUUGUUUUUCCACUCAAGGUUUCCCCAGGGAACCCUCCUCCUUUGGCCCUGGAGCAGGAGGAAGUGGAGCCUCUGGUGGUACCCCAGUCCUCUCCAACUCGUGAGCGCUCCCCAGACGUCAUCUCCUCAGCCUCGACUGCCAUGUCCCAGGACAUCCCUGAAAUUGCCUCGGAGACCCUGCAGCGCAGCUUUGGUGCAGCCCCCUCUGGCCUUCCGGUAGAAAUUCUGGACGCCAACCAUCACACGGACAGCAUGGCUUCGGCGGCCUCCGCACUCCACUUGCUUUCCCCGCGCAACCGACACAGCUCAGAGCCCAGCCAUCACUCCUUGGACAUGACCCCCAACGAGGUGGACAUGCUGACCGCCCCCUCGCUGCUGGAGAUGGCCUUACCUCAGGAAAACGUGGCGUUGGAUAGCGGGGUGAGUCAGCCGUGGCCGGCCGCCCCUGACAUCACCAGGGAGACAAGGAACAGCAUGGCAGACAGCCCCAGGAAUGAAGUGGAAGAGAAGCAUAAGAGCUCUUGUCACAGACAUACCUAUCGCUUGCUGCAGCACGACAGCCAAGACGCCAGUGCCGAGCAGAGUGAUCACGAUGAUGAAGUUGUGAGCUUGGCUACCACUUCUGGCGGGUUCACAACCAAAGUGACGGCCCAGCGGCUGCCAGUGAAGGACUGGAAGGCCAAAGUUUCUCCUCGGGCCUCUCCGAAGCUGAAGAGGAAGGGGAAGAAAGAUGACAGGGAUGCGCCACCAUCCCCAAGGUCCUUCGAUCAGCAGAGUGCUCCUGAAUACCAGGAGGAGCUGAUGUCUCUGCUCAGGACCCAGCAAAGGGAGAUUGCUGAACAGAGACAAAAUCAGAUGGAUCUGAUGCAAAGGCUGGCAGAUCACCUGGAUGCUGUCCAGAGCUCUCUUAUGGGUCACAUCGAGCGGGUGAUCGACUCCCAGCAGGAGCAGGAGCAGCGGAGGUUGGACCAGGCUCUGGCCGAAGGACAGCAGCGCAGUGGGCAGCUGCAAGAGCACCUGUCCCAGCAGCUCUCCCAGUCCCUCUCUACGGCUGCCUGCAAUCGGUUGGAGAGGACCAUCCGCGAGGAGAUGAAAAAGACAGUUCCCCCGUGUGUAUCUAAGAGCUUGGAUCCCAUCACUGGACAGCUGAGUAACACUAUUGCAAAUAAGCUAACAGCCAUCGAAGGAACUCUGAAGGAGAACAUUGCCAAACUGGUGAAAUCAAAGAACCUUACCGACACCAUCGCUCGGGCAGCCACCGAUACCUUACAGGUGCCCAUGCAGACAGCAUUUCGAGAGGCCUUUCAAAGUAUAGUUCUACCUGCUUUUGAGAAGAGCUGCCAGUCUAUGUUCCAGCAGAUCAACGACACCUUCAAGCAAGGCACGCAAGAAUCAUGCAAGAGUCCAUCUUGACUCAGGUGCAGCGAGUCAUCAAGGGGGAAGUGAGCACGGCCAUGAAGGAACAGCAGGCUGCUGUCACCUCCAGCAUCAUGCAGGCCAUGCGCUCGGCUGCAGGCACGCCCAUCCCUGCCACCCACCUAGACUUCCAGUCCCAGCAGGCUCACAUGCUGCAGCUUUUGCAGCAGGGACACCUGAACCAAGCCUUCCAACAGGCCCUCACUGCAGCUGAUUUGAAUCUGGUCCUCUAUGUCUGUGAGACAGUUGAUCCUCAGCAAGUGUUUGGACAGGACCCUUGUCCUCUGUCUCAGCCAGUCCUUCUGUCUCUCAUUCAGCAGCUCUCUUCAGAUUUAGGCUCCCGGACAGAGCUCAAACUCAACUACCUGGAGGAGGCGGUGAUGCACCUCGACCACAGCGACCCCAUCACCCGUGACCACAUGGGCUCUGUGAUGAACCAGGUGCGCCAGAAACUCUUCCAGUUCCUGCAGGUGGAGCCUCACAACAACUUGAGCAAGCCCGCCCGGCGCCUGAUGAUCAUGCUGCAAGGCCUGGUCACACACAACAUGGCCUGACCACUCUCGCUUCACGGCGCCCGUCCGGAGCUCACCAAGCAAGGGCGGCUGCUUUUUUUACUUUUCUCCCUUUGGCCCUUCUCCUCCUCCUCCUCCUCCCAGAGCUCUUUGCUGACAAAAACGUCUCCGCGCCAAGCCGGGCGGGAUACAUCCUAGCCCGGGCCAGUUAGUCCCCCUACAGUUCAAAAAUACCGUACACUUCCUUUCCUCGCAAGUCUCUUUUUGCACUUGUGCGAGCAGAAGCGCGAAUCCCGCCUUCCUCCCGUUUCAGAGCUCAGAGACACACACACACACAGCUUCCCAAGAGCGGGACGUGGGGAGGGGGGGGUCUCCUGGGAUUUUGCAGGAGUCCGUGCCUGGCAGGGAAAGAUAGAAGGGUGGGCGGGCCGUAGAACCACGGCAGCCGUAGUGAAAGAUGCCAAACCGACGCCCCCCUCCCUCCUGUGCUGUGGGUGGGGGAGAUUGUGAAGGCCCCCUUCCCCUUCUGGGGCACCGGGGGGGGGGCGGCAUUGUUACUCAGUGUGGUGGAGCAUGUUUACGGAUCAAACAGUUCCUUUUUAGUCGGAGGGGAGGUUGUGUUCACACCACAUCAUUUUUUUUUCUUUCCGUUUUUAUCUAGAAUCUUAACUCUUUCAUUUUUGAAUAAUGUUUAAAGAUGAGUUCAAUAAAUGACUUUUUGGAGGAAAAAAAGAAAUAAAGCUCUUUCUUCUCACCUUGAGGUCCUGGUUGGGUCCCACCUGCAUGGGGGGGGGGGAAGACCCUCGCCGCUCCUAGAAAUCCAAUGCUUUGCUUUGAUUCGGUGGAUCGCAUCAGCCGAGACAAAUCUCGGUUUCUUCGUCCACGAGUCCAUGGUUAGGAGGAAGUAAGCACAUCAGCCGGUGGGAAAACUGACGGCUGGGUUUGCCAGUGACUACGGGUUGAGAUGUGCAACACUUGGGAAUAUGCAAGCUGGGGCUUGCUUACAAGCCCUCUUCAAGGGAUCAAGUCAGACCUUGAGACAGAUUUUGGGUCCUGCGUCUGCCCGUCC